AUGGCCAGGCCGGGGAGCGCCCGGGAGCCGCCGCUCCUGGCGCUGCUGCCGCCGCUGUUGGUGCUGGUGCAAGCGGGCGCGGCGGGCGCGGCGGGCUCGGUGCGCCUGGCGGGCGGCCUCACGCUGGGCGGCCUGUUCCCGGUGCACGCGCGGGGCGCUGCGGGCAGGGCGUGCGGGCAGCUGAAGAAGGAGCAGGGCGUGCACCGGCUGGAGGCCAUGCUGUACGCGCUGGACCGCGUGAACGCCGACCCUGAGCUGCUGCCCGGCGUGCGCCUGGGCGCGCGGCUGCUCGACACCUGCUCUCGGGACACGUACGCGCUGGAGCAGGCGCUGACCUUCGUGCAGGCGCUGAUCCAGGGCCGCGGCGACGGCGACGAGGGGGCAGUGCGCUGCCCCGGAGGCGUCCCUCCGCUGCGCGCCGCGCCCCCCGAGCGGGUCGUGGCUGUCGUCGGCGCGUCGGCCAGCUCCGUCUCCAUCAUGGUCGCCAAUGUGCUGCGCCUGUUUGCGAUACCCCAGAUCAGCUACGCGUCCACAGCCCCUGAGCUCAGCGACUCCACACGCUAUGACUUCUUCUCCCGAGUCGUGCCACCUGAUUCCUACCAGGCCCAGGCCAUGGUGGACAUCGUGAGGGCGCUGGGAUGGAACUACGUGUCCACACUGGCCUCCGAGGGCAACUAUGGCGAGAGUGGGGUUGAGGCCUUUGUGCAGAUCUCCCGGGAGGCUGGGGGGGUCUGUAUUGCCCAGUCCAUCAAGAUUCCCAGGGAACCAAAGCCAGGAGAAUUCAACAAGGUGAUCAAGAGACUAAUGGAGACGCCCAAUGCCCGGGGCAUCAUCAUCUUUGCCAACGAGGAUGACAUCAGGAGGGUACUGGAGGCUGCACGCCAGGCCAACCUGACAGGUCACUUCCUAUGGGUCGGCUCCGACAGCUGGGGAGCCAAGACCUCACCCAUCCUGAACCUGGAGGAUGUGGCCGUGGGGGCCAUCACCAUCCUGCCCAAAAGGGCUUCCAUAGAUGGAUUUGACCAGUACUUCAUGACCCGCUCCCUGGAGAACAACCGCCGGAACAUCUGGUUUGCCGAGUUCUGGGAAGAGAAUUUCAACUGCAAACUGAUCAGCUCAGGUACCCAGUCCGACGACUCCGCCCGCAAAUGCACAGGUGAGGAACGCAUCGGCCGGGACUCUACCUACGAGCAGGAGGGGAAGGUGCAGUUUGUGAUCGAUGCUGUCUACGCCAUUGCCCACGCCCUCCACAGCAUGCACCAGGCACUCUGCCCGGGGCUCACGGGCCUGUGCCCUGCGAUGGAGACCACCGAUGGGCGGAUGCUGCUGCAGUAUAUUCGAGCUGUCCGCUUCAAUGGCAGCGCGGGGACCCCAGUGAUGUUCAACGAGAAUGGGGAUGCGCCCGGGCGUUAUGACAUCUUCCAGUACCAGGCGGCCAACGGCAGUGCGGGCAGCGGCGGCUACCAGGCCGUGGGCCAGUGGGCAGAGACUCUCAGGCUGGACGUGGAAGCUCUCCAGUGGUCGGGAGACCCCCGCGAGGUGCCUGCGUCCCAGUGCAGCCUCCCCUGUGGGCCCGGUGAGCGGAAAAAGAUGGUGAAGGGCGUCCCCUGCUGCUGGCACUGCGAGGCCUGUGACGGGUACCGCUUCCAGGUGGACGAGUUCACGUGCGAGGCCUGCCCCGGGGACAUGCGGCCCACGCGCAACCACACGGGCUGCCGCCCCACGCCCGUCGUGCGCCUGACCUGGUCCUCGCCCUGGGCCGCGCCGCCACUCCUGCUGGCCGUGCUGGGCAGCAUGGCCACCACCACCGUGGUGGCCACCUUUGUGCGGCACAACGACACGCCGAUCGUCCGCGCCUCGGGCCGCGAGCUCAGUUAUGUGUUGCUCACCGGCAUCUUCCUCAUCUACGCCAUCACCUUCCUCAUGGUGGCCGAGCCCGGCGCGGCAGUGUGCGCCGGCCGCAGGCUCUUCCUCGGCCUGGGCACCACGCUCAGCUACUCGGCCUUGCUCACCAAGACCAACCGCAUCUACCGCAUCUUCGAGCAGGGGAAGCGCUCCGUCACGCCGCCGCCCUUCAUCAGCCCCACCUCGCAGCUCGUCAUCACCUUCAGCCUCACCUCCGUGCAGGUGGUGGGAGUAAUGGCAUGGCUGGGGGCCCAGCCCCCACACAGCGUGAUUGACUACGAAGAGCAACGGACCGUGGACCCAGAGCAGGCCAGAGGGGUGCUCAAGUGCGACAUGUCAGAUAUGUCCCUCAUCGGCUGCCUGGGCUACAGCCUCCUGCUCAUGGUCACAUGCACAGUGUAUGCCAUCAAGGCCCGCGGUGUGCCCGAGACCUUCAAUGAGGCCAAGCCCAUCGGCUUUACCAUGUACACCACCUGCAUCAUCUGGCUAGCUUUUGUGCCUAUCUUCUUUGGUACCGCCCAGUCAGCUGAGAAGAUCUACAUCCAAACCACCACACUGACUGUGUCCUUGAGCCUGAGUGCAUCGGUGUCCCUCGGCAUGCUCUAUGUGCCCAAGACCUACGUCAUCCUGUUCCACCCGGAGCAGAAUGUGCAGAAGCGGAAGCGAAGCCUCAAGGCGACCUCCACAGUGGCAGCCCCACCCAAGGGUGAGGACACGGAGGCCCCCAAGUAGUGAGUGGGGGAUGAGUGGGAUGGUUGCUCCCUCUCUUCUGCUCUUUUCUUUCCCUUGCUUCACCAUGGAAGCUGUGAAAAGUCCAGGUCUGCAGUGAGCAGUUGGAGGCAGGGAGUCCACAAAGCCCAUGCCCACUGGGAUGGGGCUGGACUCCAGAAAGAUCUGGACCCACACACCACACGUCAUCCCUGCUUUUCUG